AUGGAGUGCUGUGGCGGUGAAAAGGCGCCUGGUGAGGCGGUGGAGCAACAGCUGAGUUCGCUGCCGCCUGAGCUGGUGGAGCAUCUGUGGUCGUUCUUGCCUCUACGAGAUCUGCUGCGCGUGAGCCUGGUCUGCCGCGACUGGCAGGCCCUGGCCUCCAGCCCGUCCUUCUGGCGAUUCGUGUAUGAACAUAGGCUGGGUGCGCCAGUGCGGGAGGACUUGCCCGUGGGUGGUGCGACAGAGCCUGGUGACCACUACAGGCCCAUGGUCGAGAAGACCGUGGCGCAGUUGCAGGCGAAGCUACUGCUCACCACCGAGCAGCUCGCCAAGAGAGGAGCAAACAAGGAGAACAACAGCAGCGACGGCGAGAGCCCACAGCCUGACAAGCCGUACGACGCCAGCGGUGGUGCAGUUGUAGCAGCAAAGAGGGAGCUGGACCUGUCGUCGUAUGCCGAGUGGGAUGCCGAAUCGGCGUUGCUCAUGGAAGAGUUUGUGUGGGCGAUGCACGAGAAGCACCACCGACUGGUCGACGAUGUGCUCAGGCGAAUGGACGUCCUCGGCAUCAAACGCACGAUUUUCGAGUUGAUGAACGCCACAAAGCGCUCUGUGGUGGAGGACAAGUGGCGCAGGACUCCCUUGCACCGCGCGGCAGAGGCCGGCAACCUCGAGGUGGUCAGGGUGCUGCUUGCUCACGGGAUCGACGUGAACGCCAGGAACGAAUGGGGCUGGACCGCGCUGCACAAAGCCGCACAUUACUGGAACCGUGGAGCUGCCGCCCCCAUAAUCAAGAUGCUCAUUGCUCAUGGGGCUGAAGUCAACGUGAUCGACUGCGCACAAAAGACGCCCUUGGACAAGGCCGCCGAACCGGCCUCGGCGGAGCUGCUCGCCGCGCAUGGCGCCCUCAAGCGGAACCAACUUCCCAGCGACGCGGCCUGA